AUGCUUCGCUCGACACUCGCUUCCGGCAUCACGAUCGGUGCUCUUGCCUCAAUCUCAUCAGCAGCAGCUUUAGCCGUGACUGCGAAUAUUGCUGCAGCUUCUGUCAACAGAGCCGACUGCAGAUGCUUCCCCGGAGACGCUUGCUGGCCGAGUGCAAAUGAGUGGAACAGUUUGAACCAGACAGUCAACGGCCGCCUCAUCGCUACGAUUCCUCUUGCCGCUGCAUGUCACGACGACCAGUACGCUGCUUACGAUGAAGAGAGAUGCUCUGAGCUCCAGAAUAGCUGGUUGGAUCCUGAGACACAUCUUCCUAGCUCUUCGUCGAUCAUGGCCCCCUUCUUUGCCAACCAAAGUUGUGAUCCAUUUCAACCUCGCUCCGCACAGUGCGUGAUUGGCACAUACGUCCAAUAUGCCAUCAACGUCUCGGACGUCACCGAUGUUGUCAAUGGUCUUAACUUUGCUACCAACCACAACAUUCGUCUCGUUGUACGAAACACUGGCCAUGACUACAACGGUAAGAGCACCGGUGCUGGUGCUCUCGGCCUUUGGAUGGGAAACCUCAAGGAUACUGAGAUCAAGGAUUGGUCAGACAAGCAUUACACUGGUAAAGCCAUCAAGGUCGGUGCUGGUAUUCGUGGUGGUGAGGCAUACAAGAUUGCCGAUGCCGCUGGCUAUCAGGUCGUCGGUGGUGAAUGUCCUACGGUCGGCAUUGCUGGGGGCUAUUCUCAAGGUGGUGGUCACUCCGCUUUGACUUCCAGGCACGGUCUUGCUGCCGAUCAAGUCCUUGAAUGGGAGGUCGUUACCGCCACCGGAGGCCACAUCUUGGCCAACCGUCAGCAAAACACCGAUCUUUACUGGGCCCUAUCUGGCGGUGGUGGCGGUACCUAUGGCAUUGUUCUUUCUAUGACCUCGAAACUCCACCCUGACACUCCCACCGUCGGCUUCAACUUGACCUUUACCAGCGCUGGCAUCCCAAUGGACAUUUAUUACGAAGCCAUCACUGCAUAUCACGCUGCACUCCCUGCGAUCGUUGAUGCUGGAGCUAUGAGCGUUUGGUACUUCACCAACGAAUCUUUCGCCAUCUCGCCCAUCACUGCCCCUGACGUAGGUCUCAGUGAGCUUAUGGAUCUGCUGGCUCCUUUCAUGGACAAGCUUGAUCAACUCAACAUCACCUACACCCACUACUUUGGCCAAUUUGAGACUUACCUCGAGCACUUUGACACAAUGUUCUCACCCAUCCAGGUUGGUAUCGCGCAGUAUGGCGGUCGUCUCAUUCCUCGCUCCGUGGUCGAGAACAACAACACCGCUCUUACCGAGGCUUUCCGCUUCAUCAACGAGAAUGGUGGUCAAUUCAUUGGUGUCGGUGUCAACGCCUCGCUCGCCCGCUCUGGCUUCCCUGAAAACGCUGUCAACCCCGGCUGGCGCGACGCUUUGAUUGACACUACCCUGACCACUCCCUGGAACUUCACAGCACCUUGGGAAGAGAUGGUAGCCAACAAGGACAAGAUGACCAAUCUCUUCAUCCCAAAGCUUGCCGAGCUGACUCCCAACGGAUCCUGCUACCUCAACGAGGGUGACUUCCAACAGCCCAACUUCCAGGAAGUGUUUUAUGGCAAAAAUUACCAGAAGUUGAGUGAGAUCAAGGACAAGUAUGAUCCUCAUCAUAUCUUUUACGCCACUACUGCUGUUGGAUCUGAGUACUGGGAGCCCCAGGAGGACGGCAGACUUUGCAGAGCCACUUGA